UUCUUCUUUCCGGUAGUAUUUAUUUCCAGCGUAGUCGGAAAAUAUUGAUCAAAUAUGUGUACCAUCCCCGAGUUGACGCUUGUUGCGAUCGACUCGCGCGACGCUUUCGUCCGUCGAUCUUCGACGAAACCGGUACUCCCCCGAGGACACGACAUCGUACUCGUAUCCAGUGUCUGUAUACGUGUAAUCUCUGGAAUACGCGCGAUCCAGCAGAUCCCAUGGAUCGAACCAGUUCUCGCGACUCGGACUCGCCGACGAUCAGGAAGGUGCCGGAAAAGCCACCGUUCAAGCUGUGCUUCUCCAAGGAUCAGAUUCUCGGUAAAUCGAGCGUUCGUACGCUCAAGACGAACUGUACGCACAUGAUUUUCUUUUGGUUCGCAAAACGGACAAACGUUCCUUUAUCCGUGAUUCUCGUGAUCGUUGCAGGUGACUCGAUCGCGCCGAAAUUCUAUUCGAGACAGUGCGAAAGCGGCGGUGCAAACGAUCCGAACGAAAGCCGCACGCUCGACGAUAUUACACCCGGAGAGAAAAAAUCACCCACGGAUCUUAAUUGUUAUCCGUAUCGAUUGCUGUCCAGUCACGCGUACGGAUGGUGGCACGAACAGGGAAUACAACCAAAGGAUUCUCGUUUCAACUUUCACAAGAAAACUUCGGAUUUGGUGCAUUUUCAAAUGAAAGUUUACGCCGAAGAUCGAAGGCUCGCCGUUCCGAAACAUUGACACGAGAAAAUAUGAGAAAUUGCCACGUUUAAUAAUAAUAAUAAUAAUAAUAAUAAUAAUAAUAAUAGCAACGAAUCUGUAAUAAUUACCUAUCUCCUUCUCUCGAUUAGAUUUUCGAACGAAUAAUGUGUCGGAAACCGAUGCAAAACGGAAUAGGAAUUCGAAUCGGAUACUUUAUACUCGGUACAAUAUAUUUCUA